AUGCCUGCACAAGGAUCUCUAAUCUAUAGUUUGGUUGCUAGAGGCACGGUGGUCCUUGUUGAGUACACAGAGUUCUCCGGGAACUUUCCCACUAUCGCGGUGCAAUGUCUUCAGAAACUCCCUACCACCACGAAUCGGUUUACAUAUAAUUGCGAUGGCCACACGUUCAAUUACCUCGUUGAGAAAGGAUACACCUACUGUGUUGUUGCUGUUGAAUCAGCCGGAAGGGAACUUCCCAUUGCGUUUUUGGAGCGGAUUAAGGAUGAUUUUGUAAAAAAAUAUGCGGCAGGCAAAGGCAAAACUGCUGGUGCCAAGAGCCUGAGCAAAGAGUUUGGACCUAAAAUGAAAGAACAAAUGCGCUAUUGUGUCUCUCAUCCUGAAGAAAUUAGCAAGAUUGCUAAGGUUAAGGCUCAAGUUUCUGAAGUCAAGGGAGUGAUGAUGGAGAAUAUUGAGAAGGUUCUUGAGCGCGGAGAGAAGAUCGAACUACUAGUUGACAAAACCGACAACCUUCGCAAUCAGGCACAAGAUUUCAAGAAACAAGGGACCAAGAUGAAGAGGAAAAUGUGGGUUGAGAAUAUGAAGGUGAAACUAAUAGUUUUUUCCAUCGUUGUUGCCUUGGCAUUAGUAGUUAUUCUCUCAAUCUGCCCUGGCUUCAAAUGUUUUUAAAUCCUCCUAUAAAGUUUUCUUCUAGACUGGCUAUCCUUUUUGUUCAUACCCGCCAACCUUUAGGACCAUGGAUGGCUAAUAUUUUGGAUGGUUGAUGCAUAGGGUUCGUUACCGUUAGGGAUGCGGUUAAUGUUGUUAGAAACUUGUAUAGCAAAGCUUUGAUAGUCGGUGCCCGCAUUGCGUCAUCGUGGCUAAUGGGAUUAGUUCCUUUAAUUGCUUUUAAAAAUGUUGUUAAAUGUAACACUAUGUUCGAAAAGAAAGAAAACAUGCAUCAUUGAUA